GAGCCUGAGCGAGGAGCCUGCGAGCAGCCCUCUCUCCCCGGAUGACGAGUGGCAGGAUAACAUGGAGUCGGGCAAGAUGGCGCCUCCCAAGAACGCUCCGAGAGAUGCCUUGGUGAUGGCACAAAUCCUGAAGGAUAUGGGAAUUACGGAGUAUGAACCAAGGGUUAUAAAUCAAAUGUUGGAAUUUGCUUUCCGAUAUGUGACUACAAUCCUGGAUGAUGCAAAAAUUUAUUCAAGCCAUGCUAAGAAACCUAAUGUUGAUGCAGAUGAUGUAAGACUGGCAAUCCAGUGUCGUGCUGAUCAAUCUUUUACUUCUCCUCCUCCAAGAGAUUUUUUACUGGAUAUUGCAAGGCAGAAAAAUCAAACCCCUUUACCACUGAUUAAGCCAUAUGCAGGACCCAGACUGCCACCUGACAGAUAUUGCUUAACAGCUCCAAACUAUAGGCUGAAGUCCUUAAUUAAAAAGGGACCUAACCAAGGCAGACUAGUACCACGGUUAAGUGUUGGUGCUGUUAGUAGCAGACCUUCCACUCCUACUGUAGCAACCCCACAAACAGCGUCUGCCCCAAGUAAAGUUGCACCUCCAGUGUCAGUGACAAGCCAAAGAUUUACGGUGCAGAUUCCACCUUCUCAAUCCACACCUGUCAAAUCAGUUCCUGCAACAACUGCAGUUCAAAAUGUUCUGAUUAAUCCUUCAAUAAUUGGGCCCAAAAAUAUUCUUAUUACCACCAACAUGGUUUCAUCACAGAACAUGGCCAAUGAAUCAAACUCAUUGAAGAGAAAACACGAAGAUGAUGAUGAUGAUACUAUGUAAAGAACACAAUCAAGAUGUAUUUCAAACAUGUAGUUGGUUUGGAGCCCAUUACACUGAACUAGAAUAUUCUCCAUCUUCUCAAGUUUUACCUUAGAAAACUGAAAUGUAGCUGAAGUACUUUUCACAUUAGGUUAAGCUGUUAAUUUCUUUUUAACUGUUAGGUAUUUUAGGUAAGCAUACCAAUUUUUUUUCAUUAGGCUUCAAGUAAAAAGUGGUUCUUAAUAUUUUGACUAAUGCUGAAUUCUACCAUGCCAAUUCAUAUUUGGAAGCAGUUUUCUGCCACGUAUCACUGACAGCAGCACUUAAGUUUUCAGUUUCUACAGCCUGAUAAGUGGAUUGAUCUUUAAUAGCAUAAUUUCUAAUCGACAUUUAAAUACUACUUUCAUAAGGUAAAAUAGGCACAAUUUUUGUUUUCACCAACUCUUUUGACCCAAUCUUUAAAUUUAGGAAAUUUCUUUGGAAAGGAUGGAUUUAAAGGGAUUCUAAAUUCAUUUUGAGUGUAUGUUUCUCAGUGUUCCCUAACCUCCCAUGUCCUCAACCCCAUUUCUAGAUCCCAUUCAUUUUCUGUACCACCUCUUCCCCACAGGCUGAAGUUUCUCCCAAUACUCUUAGAAGGCCAAAACUCAAGUUUAAGAAGUGUAAUUCCUUAUAAUACAGUUCAGUGUCAUUUUCCUAUUUUUAAAACCUGCUUUACAUUCCUGAAGGUUUGCUUUGCUGUUUUUCUCUCCAUACCAGAGCAAUUGAGUUCUAUCCAUUGCCUUUAUGUUCAUUGAGCUUUACUCUGCUUUUAACAGGUAGUUUUGGGUCAGUUACAGUUUAUAUCUCAAGUCAGUAACUCCACCACAUUUCACAUUUCGAAUUUUAACAAAGAUGAUGCUAUAGCUUAAAAUCUGCCUUGGUAAGUAUAUUUCCACUGGACCUAGGCAAAAACCACUGAAGAGCAAGUGUUUUUUUCUAUCACAUAUAUGCUACGAUCACUACUGCUUGAAGCCUUCUGUUGGUAGAAUUCAUUUUUCUAGCUUGUUGCUGAGGAUACCAUAUAUGAGAUAGGAUCAUACCUGAAAAUUCUCUUAAUGGUUUUCCUUUCUCUAGAAGGUCAACAACAAAACAAGUCAGUAAAAUGUGACCUGCACUUAGGUUACUAUGCAUAGGUUUCCCAGUAAUGUUGCUUAACACCUUUCCCUAUUUUCCAUUUAUACACAUUUAAACAUCUUAGUGAAAGAUGUUUCCCUUUAGGGAAAGAUUGCAAAGCUUUCAAACAUAUAAAAAGGCUUGUUGUUUUUAAGUAAGUUUGACAUAGUCAAUAUAGGAAUACUUUUGUAGAGUUUUCUAAAAUAAAAUUUCAUAUCAUAUCAUAAUUUAGAACUUCUAGCCAAGGACCCUCAAAACCUAAAACACAAGAAAGUUCCAUGUUAUGAUGGUGCUUGAUACACUGAAGAGAAAAAAAGAGAGUCCAGUGACAGAGAAGACAUAUCUCAUCACAGACUGGGUGUUUUUUGCAUAGUAGGAAAAAGGUAGUAUCAAACUUGUAAAAACAGGUCUGAUCAUCAUAGGAGAAAAAUGUUCAUUAUAUAGCAUAGGAUAUGAUUACUUGAAUGUUCUCAGGGAAGCAGCAUGUCAAAAAGCCUAGGUUCUAGUCCUGGCUGCAUCAUUUACCAACUAUGUGACCUUACUUCACCUCUGAGCCUAGUUCUCAGUAAUAGGAAAAUAACACCAACCCUGCCUACCUCACAGGGAUGUUGUGAGGGUUUAAUUGGUAUAUGUGAAAAUUCCUUCAAAAUUGUAAAAUGGUUUAUAACUCUAAGAGAUUGUUAAUGUAUUUGUUCCAAGAUUAUUAAUAAAAAAUUGAACUUA